CGUUUUAUCUCGAAAUCGCCAACCAAGAGGAAGAAACUUUUAUAAAUUGGGCUAAAUGUUUUCAAAAUUGACCAGUAGCUUAUUGAAAAUUUUUCAGUUAUCACAAGCGAUCCUACACAUGUACAUAUAUAAUGGAUAUUAGGAAAUUGGACGCUAAGCAAUAUAAGCAGCCCAACCAAAAAUGUGUAGCUCUCUUGAAAUGGCCCACUAAUAUUGUUUAUUGUUCCAGCCAUUCUCUGGACCAAAUUUAUGUCAGAGUAAAAGGCACGAACGCAUUGCGGGUGUAAUAAGUAUGUACCAUGUGCAUAGAAGUACUCACAUACAUAAGUAUUCAAAUGUAUAAAAUUGUAAGUGGUUUCUGAGUGGCUAUGCAAGAUCGGCGUUCGAAAAUGUGGCCAAAAGCGUAAACACUCAGUUUUUCUUAGCACUUUGGUGCGAACGGUUGCGCUAAAUUCGGGAAAUUGGUUGAAAAAGUGUCGGGCUGGAAUAAUAAGCUCAGAGAAAACUUCAUAUACAAACAUACAUAUCUAUGUAAAAUUGUUUAUAUUGCGAAUAUAAGAGAACUAAUUCAGCACUCAAUUAUUGAUAAAAAUAUUUAAAAUAAUUGUGCAAACAUUUGAAAAUCCUUUGUUUAUAUAGGCAUAUGUAUGCAUAUUUGAUUUGGCCAUACAUUCUGAUAUACAUCUACACAUAUGUGUAUUUGUUUGUACAUAUGUAACGAUCUGCAUAAAUCAAAGCUGAAUAGAUCAGUAAAUAUUUAAACAGGAACAUAUGUUCGUUAGCAAAAAAAGUGUGUGUGUACAUAUGUUGGUCCAUACGCAUGCGGUUUAUUUGUGGUCGAAUGAGUUCAUGCCAAUUGUGAUCGAGCGCUUCUACGUGUAUUUUUGCAAAUUUAAUAAAAAAUUAUAAAAAUUGACAGAUCCUUUUAAGUGUUUUUUUUUUCGCUACAAUUCGCGCGCAUGGUCCACUCAAUCGUCAACAGCGAAUUCCAGCGAAAGUGUAGUGCCUUGCAACAGAAACUUAUCACAUAUAUUGAUCGUGUUUCAGCACCACUGACCAUGGAGAAUGUUCGCUUUUCCAUUAUUGAGAACGAUCUCAAAUGGAAUUCGGAGAGCCAUGAAACACACGAUCUCUUCUUCGACAAGCGUAGCAUCUCCAGCGAGAGUAGCAACAAUAGUGAUGCGGUCUUUAGCGAUGAGGCGCAUGAGAUAUUCUUGUGGCAACAACAACAUCAAAUGAUCUGGGAUCAGCACGAAAUCGAGGAAACACUUAGUCUGGUCCCCAAUUCGCAUGGCAUAUUUGCAAUGGUCAAAACAAAUUGUUUUCAAGAACUUAUACCCGGCUCCAGUGAUGCCAAUUUAGCGCUACUCUAUGCCUCUAUCUAUGGUUGUGUGGAGAAUAUUCUCGCUCUACUCGAUCAGUAUGCCGCCGAUCCGAAUUGCAAGGACAUACGCGGCCGCACUCCGCUCCAUUUUGCUUGCUGCCGCGGCAAUGCACAGUUCGCCAAAGUGCUAUUGGACCGUGGCGCUGACCCGAAUCGCUAUGACGGCAAAAAGGAAGUUACACCCUUACAUUGUGCGGCCAGCGCUAAGAGCGUGGAAUGCAUUUUGCUGCUUUUGAAACGGAAAGCGCACAUCAAUAUUGGCAUUGAGAAGCGUUCGGCGUUGCAUUUCGCUAUCGAUCGCAAUGCGGUUGAGUGUGUGGAGAUAUUGCUUAAAUAUGGCGCGGAUCCCAAUACGCCACAGGUCUACACGGAAACGCCGCUGCAUACAGCUUGCGCACUGGGCUUCAGCAAAUGUGUGGAAUUACUAUUGAAUCAUGGCGCGGAUGUGCGCUCACAAUUCGGCGAAGGGAAACUGACAGCCUUGCACUUGGCCGCUGAGAAUGAUUACGUUGAAUGUGUACGUUUGCUGUUGGAACAUGGCGCUGACGUCGAUUGCCGUAAUGCCAGCCAUCAGACCCCAUUGCACUUGGCCUGCCUAUCACAAUCCAUCGAAACGGUUGACAUGCUGAUCAAACAUGGCGCCAAUGUGAAUGCAAUCUAUAGGGAUGGCCGCACAGCUCUACAUGCUGCGAUCGUUAAGCAAUCUCGAAGUUUGGACUGUUGCAAUGCCUUGUUGAAGGCGGGUGCCAAUGUCAACAAAGCAGAUAAUUUUGGCUAUACACCGCUACAUAUCGCGGCCUUGAAUGAGUUCAGCAAUUGCGUGUACACUUUUAUUGAACAUGGUGCUGAUAUAACAGCACGUACGAUGGGUAAUGUAUCUGCUUUGUCAUUCAUCGUACGACGUACGCCAGAGAUUAUACCGAAACUUACGGCCAAAAUGGACAAUUCCAUUAAAGUAAACGACCAUGAAAUCGGUGACGUUGAUUGUGAAAUCAAAUUGGAUUUUAGUCUUUUGGUGCCGCCUACUUCAUUGGAACGCGGCGAAACUGAAUUGCUGUUGUCAUUGAUCGAAGUUGGCCAAAAACGUUUACUUAUGCAUCCAUUGUGUGAAACUUUUCUUUUUCUCAAAUGGCGACGUAUACGUAAAUUCUUUCUGAUGAGCCUCUUUUAUCAUGCUAUCUAUGUAAUACUCUUCACAAUGUAUAUUGUUGGUGUAUAUGCGCGCAAUUGUGAUAAGAAUCCGAAUUGUGAAGCUCCUGGAUAUAUAUGCACAGUGGGCUAUUUUGUUAUUAUACUGAAUUUAAUAUUAAUGGGCAAAGAGAUUUUUCAGAUGGCUCACGGCUUACAAGGUUAUGCGAAAUAUUGGGAAAAUUGGUUGCAAUGGGCUAUUGUCUUCGGUGUCUUGCUUUGUGUGACGCCUGAAAUUUUAGUGCCCAGUAAUUUGUUGGCGGUGCCUAUGUGGCAGCAUCAUGUGGCAGCCAUUGUUGUGCUUUUGGUUUGGUUGGAGUUAAUGAUGUUGGUG